AUGAGCAGCCUAACAGUUCUUGGAAGACUAUUUCAGGUGGUUCAAGUUGCACGCCCCCUGCGGCUUGUCAAUGUCGUAAUAGCUGACAUUACAGCGUGCUUAUUGGGUGGUUUUCGUGACGAUGCUACCGUUCAUAGACUUAUAAUGGAGUGUUCUGAUCUUCAACUUAAGAUGGAUUAUCAGCAUGAAUCGGGCUUUGAAUUGCUUCCAUUGCGUGAUGUUGACUAUCAUCCUAACACCUCCGAUAGGAUUACAUGGGGAUCCUUUGAUACUGGCAGGCUCAGGUUUGUUCCUGCGACUAGAUCAUCAAUUGAGAGUUUGCAAAAAGUGAGACUCGAUAGUUUGGGAGAGGCUACUAUAAAACAGAACCCGACAUGUAGUAUAUGUAAGGAUGAAUUUGCCCAAGAAGGCCGAGUUGAUCAACUGAUUUUUCGUUUGCCUUGCGCACACUGUUAUCAUGUACAUUGCAUUGUCCAAUGGCCGGAGGUGAAUCAUGUCUGCCCCUUGUGCCGAUAUGCAAUGCCAACUGUGGAAGAGGGGGAGCCAUCGAGUUCCUAA